CUUCCAAGGCUUUUUUUUUAACUCUUUAGUUUUUGCUGCACGUGAAAAUCGCAAAGAAUAAAGAAAGAGAAAAAGAGAAAAAGAGAAGAAAAAAGAAGAAAAAAGGAAUUAUAGGAAAUACUGGCUAGUCACAAACCCCAUGGAGCCAGACAUCGCAGGUUUCUUCCAGGAACCGGCUGACUACUACCCGCCCUCGCCACCUCCCACGUCACAGGUCUACACACUACAGUCUGGCAAGACCAUCACGCUCCAUCUGGUAGGACACAGCCCCCUGGAGGCACACCACCUCUGGAAUGGCAGCCGCAUUAUAUCGCAGUACUUCGAGACCCACCCAUCCGAGGUCCAGGGCCGGACUGUGCUCGAGCUCGGCGCUGGCGCCGGGCUGCCCAGCAUAGUGUGCGCUAUUUUGGGGGCCCAGAAGACUGUGGUCACGGACUAUCCCGACCCCGAUCUCGUCGUCAAUAUGAAGAAAAACAUCCUGGGCUGCGAGUUGAUUCCAGUGGCAGACAACGGCGAUGUCGAUAAGUCCGCUGCGAUAGUCGCGGAUGGCUACGUCUGGGGCGCCGACCCGACGCAUCUGCUGGCGCACCUCGAGCCCGUCAAGCGGGACAAGUUCGACGUGCUGAUCCUGGCGGACCUGCUCUUCCGGCACUCGGAGCACGGGAACAUGAUCAGGAGCAUCGAGGCGACGAUGAGCCGAAAAGGGACGAGCAAGGCGUUCGUGUGCUUCACGAGCUACCGCCCGUGGCUGCAGCACAAGGACCUCGCGUUCUUCGAGCUCGCGCGGGAGAGGGGGUUCCGGGUCGAGAAGAUCCUGGAGGAGAAGAUGAGCAAGGCGAUGUUCGAGAAUGAUCCCGGCGACGAGGAAGUAAGGAAGACGGUCACGGCGUUUACGCUGCGCUGGCCGGAUGAGAUGUGCAUGUAAGCCUGUCUGCCUACCUAGUCUACGGUGCAGCGCAGGUGGAAUAUUGUCUAUUACUGCCUCUUUUCGUCGAUACCUCCUCGAGAGCUUACAAGACCAUGCCUAUUGAAUUACUAGAGGCUACCCAAAGAUGGUCCCUCGUAUGAUGGAUGCCGGCUACGUGCCAUCUUACCGAACAUGCCAUCCUAUUGUCCACUUGCAUCGCAUCAUGAGCGAUAUCAUUAAAAUACCCAAUACACGAUUUCACUGCCCAGUCUCGUCAUUAUGCAGCCAUCUUUUUAAAUCUGGGAGGCCCUCAUGAUUCAUUGUUGAUCUUCCAUUGCUCUGCGUUCUGCGCGGCUGGGGGGCAAAACUUAUAUUAAGACUUGCAAUGUCUCCUGACCAGCCUCAAUUGAAAAUUACCUAGGUAUGUGGGAAAAGACAGCGAGACCCUAGGUAUGUAACAUAAAUAUUGGAAUUACGCCUCGAGAGGGCUGUUCAGGUGUCUUGUUUUCUGCACCUCGUUUGGCGUUUUUGGGUUGCGCUGG